CACCAGUCAAACCGGGGAAAAACCGCGACCGGGUGACGGAUCGGGGACGGGCAAACCCGAACAGUUGACGGAGCGGUGAUGGAUUCAUCACUAUCCGCCACGUAACAGCCCGAGUUCAUCACUACUCCAACAAAGCUAGAGACAGACCAACUGCAGCCGUCGAAGAGGCAGACCAACUGCUGCCACAGAGACCAACUGCAGUCGUCGAAGACUGAAGAUCCUUCAGAUCCUGGCCUGCGAUUCUUCAUCUCCCGGUAGCGGGUAUGUGAAUAGCCAGGCGAUUCUCCCUCUCCUUGAUUCUCCCACUCCUCGACUCGGAUCUAUGAUGCCGAAGCAACGGCAACGGUGGAAACAGAAAUCUGACGGCGGCGGCGAUGGAAGAAUGGGAUCUGACAAGAGGAUCUGCUAUCGCCGCUCUGAUCCCUGCCUCUUUCUGUCUUCUCCUCUCUUCUGCCCCAACAGUGGUUGGUGUUGCAGCGAUGAUCUGGAGCUUCGCGACAGUGGAAGAAUGGCGAAGUCCGGGUUUGCGGGGUUUCGGGUAAAAUCCGUACCCGGAGUCGGGCGGGUGGCGGUGGAAUUUUUGCCCCCGAGAGUGCGGGUGUGGAUGGUUUCUCCGACCCGAGGAGGUCUCACGGGCGGGGUUCGGAUGCUGGGAAACCGUCCCCGAUCCGCCCCAUUGCCAACACUAAUUCACUACCUAUGAGAUUAGCGUAUUUUUCCUUCUUCUCCUGUAUUUCACAGAAUGCAAAUAUUUAACGGCAAAUUUUUUUUGAAUUGUGAAAACUCCAUUUUCAUGAACCUAAAUUUAUUUAGUACAUGUCAUGAACUUUGUCUGAGAUUGCUAUUCUUUAUCCUUCAUUAUCUUCAAAACUGUAUACGUUAGGGGCUUCGAUAUGUAAUCGGUGAGCUUCAUAUGAAAAUUUAACUUCAUGCUCUCGGUUUGUAUGAGAUGAGGAGGUGAAUGAUCUCUAAUUUUGUCACUAUCGUUGAGUAGUUUCUAAAUCAUCAUUCCAAAAAAUCUAGCUUCCUCGUGAUACAGAACAAUAAAGUUAGAUUAAAGAG